AAAACACAUAAUUAAAGGUGGUUUUCACUAAGAAUAUAUACAAUAAUAUGCUACUAGAAAUAUAAUUGAUUUUGUAUUAAUUUUAUCAUGAUCACUGACUUGAGGAUCUGGGUUGCAAGACCUCCUUAUCAUUGUAUGAUAACACUUGGGAGCAGUCAUUUUGGUAUAACCAGACUCCCAUGGAAAAUAUGGGAUUUUAAUCAGGCAGUAAGAUGAACAGCUAUGGUAAAGUGUGUGAGAGGACACGCAGAGGGCACAAGAGGUGGUAGUGGGGAAGGAGGACAGCUAAGCUGACAAAGCGCUGGUCAUGUCUGGGUUAAUGUUUAGCCUAAGGACGAGUAGCUCAUGGAGCUGUCUGUUCAGGCUGAGUAGUCAUCUGCUGCCUCCGCUGUCCAGGAACAACUCGUCUAAAAUGUCGUCAGACUCCAACUGGCUCUCCCCUGCAGACCGGGAUCAGCUGGUGAUGGAGCUCAGGGCCACAGGCUGGGUGGAGGUCGAAGACCGCGAUGCUAUCUUUAAAGAGCUUCAUUUUAAAACCUUUAAUCAGGCAUUUGGCUUCAUGUCACGGGUGGCACUGCAGGCAGAGAAGAUGAAUCAUCACCCAGAAUGGUUCAAUGUUUAUAAUAAGGUCCAGAUUACAUUGACUACACAUGACUGUGGAGGACUGUCCAAACGGGACAUCAAAAUGGCCAAGUUUAUCGACAAAAUUUCACUUUCAAUGUGAUGUUUUUGAUCAGAAAGUUUUUCUUUUCCAGUUUCCCUGCUUUCAGUCACAACUCUGCUCAGUCAAAGAAUUAUUCCUCAAAAAAAAUGUACUGUCUCCAAUUGAUCCAUCCAGUCUUAAAUAAAAUCUGUCAAAUAUAUUCUAUUUUGAUGUUUGUAUGUUGUUUGCAGCAUAUUUUGUACACGCUUUCUUUAAGAAUAAAAUUAUUUUGUGCAA